UUCAGUGGCAAAGUGACAAGCAAAAAUACAAAAUGGUCCUGGAAAGUACUAUGAUAUGUUUCGACAACAGUGAUUACCAGCGCAAUGGUGACUACUUUCCCACCCGUUUAAAUGUACAGAAAGACGGUAUAAAUCUUGUCUGUCUCACUAAGCUGAGGUCCAACCCCGAGAAUAAUGUUGGUCUAAUGACCCUAUCAAACACCGUUGAAGUGCUGGCCACACUGACCAGCGAUGUGGGUCGCAUAUUCUCAAAAAUGCAUUUGAUUCAGCCAAAGGGGGAAAUAAAUCUUCUAACUGGAAUUCGAAUUGCUCAUUUGGUGUUGAAGCAUCGCCAAGGCAAAAAUCAUAAAAUGCGCAUCGUUGUCUUUGUCGGUUCGCCAAUCAACAACGAAGAAGGAGAGCUCGUUAAGCAAGCCAAACGUCUAAAAAAGGAGAAAGUAAACGUGGACAUUGUCAGCUUUGGUGAUCAUGGAAAUAAUAUUGAAACAUUGACGGCUUUUAUUAAUGCUUUGAACGGCAAGGAUGGAACUGGCUCCCAUUUAGUUAGCGUUCCCAGAGGCUCAGCUCUAUCUGAUGCAUUAUUGUCGUCGCCCAUCAUCCAAGGCGAGGAUGGUAUGGGUGCAGCUGGAUUGGGCGGUGCCGUCUUCGAAUUUGGUGUCGAUCCCAACGAGGAUCCAGAGCUGGCUCUUGCUUUGCGCGUUUCAAUGGAAGAGCAACGUCAACGCCAGGAAAGUGAGCAGCGUCGAGUUGAUAGUGCUGGAGGUGCUGAGUCUACACCUCCCGCGACUGCAACUAGCGGAGAGAGUGGCACUGGUGGCCCAGCCGUAACUCUUCCCAGUUCUAACUCAGAGGAAGCCAUGUUGCAACGUGCGUUGGCUUUGUCGACUGAAACGCCAGAGGAUAAUUUGCCUGACUUCGCCAAUAUGACCGAAGAGGAGCAAAUCGCAUUUGCCAUGCAAAUGUCUAUGCAGGAUGCAGCUGAUGACACCGUGACACAGCAAGCCAAACGCCCCAAAACAGAUGAUGCCGCUGCCCCCAUGGAUGUCGAUGAAGACUAUUCCGAAGUAAUUGGUGAUCCGGCAUUCUUGCAGAGUGUUCUUGAAAAUCUCCCUGGCGUCGAUCCCCAAUCGGAGGCAGUACGUGAUGCUGUUGGCUCUCUCAAUAAGGAUAAGGACAAGAAGACCGAUGGCAACGAUGAGCAAAAGAAAUAAACUCUACAAGUAUAUAUUUUUAAAUUUGCAUUAAAAAGAAAUCAUAAGUGAGCUAAUAUCUCGAUAUAUUAUGCAGAUUAUGUUCAUGCUUCUAAUAAAAUAACAUACAUAAAUAUUAUCACAGGGAACAUCGUUGUUUGUUAUAGCAGUCUAUAUACCCAU